AUGCCUGAUGCACCGAAACCCGCUCCCAAGAAGGGCGCCAAGAAAGCUCUGUCCAAACCGGCGAGCAAGUCUGGCAAGAAGCGCAAGAGGACGAGAAAGGAGAGUUACGCAAUCUACAUCUACAAAGUGAUGAAGCAGGUUCAUCCCGACACCGGCAUCUCCUCCAAGGCCAUGAGCAUCAUGAACUCGUUCGUCAACGAUAUCUUCGAGCGAAUCGGGGGUGAGGCUUCCCGCCUGGCUCACUACAACAAGCGGUCCACCAUCAGCUCCCGGGAGAUCCAGACCGCUGUGCGCCUGCUGCUACCCGGGGAGCUGGCCAAGCACGCCGUGUCCGAAGGGACAAAGGCGGUGACCAAGUACACCAGCUCCAAGUGAAGGCAAGUUUGCUGACAAAACAAACCCGGAAAUCAAAGGCUCUUUUAAGAGCCACUCACGGUUUCAUUAAAAGAGAUACAGACUAUUGAGAUAUGAAAUUGAGGUAGGUUUGGAUUUUUUUGUUGGUGAGGUCUUUCAGAAUUUAAUCUCCGUCAAUCAGAAUUUGCUGUCCACUGGCCAGUAUAAUCCCGAUUUCUCUGUUACAUUCCUGUGUACAGGCACAGGAUCGUUACGCACC